UAGAACCUUGUGUUAAAGCAUUACUUUCUCUGCAUUGCCCCUAAAGGACGGCCGCCCAUUUGUCUCAGAAGUUCCGUCCCCUUUCCUUUUCCUGGCAGCCCCAAGAAUUUCACUUUCAUUUCUCUGCUAGUUCCUCAGGAGGAACUACUUCACUCAGACCGAGCCCCGGCUUGAAGAAUGAAUCCUGACUAUACCUGCCCCCGCUUUUCUUUGCCACUUAAACCGGGAGUCAAGACAUCUCCGCUGGGGCCUGAAGGAACCUUUAAACAAGAAGAGCCUCAGGAGUCAAGACAGGAAGAAGACAGGGGAGUAGCUGCUAUGGCUUUAAAAUUCCUGGGGAACGUACAGGAGGCCGUGACUUGUCCCAUAUGCCUGAAGUUUUUGACAGAGCCCUUGAGUCUAGACUGUGGCCACAGCUUCUGCCAAACCUGCAUUAUUGGCAACAAGGAGACAGAUAUUGGCCCAGAAGGGGAAAACAGCUGUCCUGUGUGUGGUAUUAAAUACUCACGUGAAAACCUAUGGCUUAAUCAGCAUGUGGCCAACCUAGUGGAAAGUCUCAGGGAAGUCAAGUUGAGCCCAGAGGAGGGGCAGAAGAGAAAUCUCUGUGUGCACCAUGGAGAGAAACUCCUGCUCUUCUGUAAGGAGGAUAGAAAAGUCAUUUGUUGGUUUUGUGAGCGGUCUCAGGAGCAUCGUGGUCACCACACAUUCCUGGUGGAGGAGGUUGCCCAGGAGUACCAGGAGAAGCUCCAGGCGACUCUGGAGAGGCUGGGGAAAGAGCAGCAGGAAGCUGAGAAGUUGGGAGCUGACAUUAGAAAAGAGAUAACUUCUUGGAAGUAUCAAGCACAGACUGAGAGACAAAGGAUACAAACAGAAUUUAAUCAGCUUAGAAACAUCCUGGACAGUGAGGAGCAAAGAGAACUGCAGAAAUUGGAGGAAGAGGAGAAGAAGACACUGGGUGACUUGGCUGAAGCUGAGGAUGAUUUUUUGUUACUGAAAGAGCUCGUCUCAGAUCUGCAGUGUCGCAGUGAAUGGUCACCAAUAGAGCUGCUGCAGGACAUGAGUGGAAUCAUGAAAUGGAGUGAGAGCUGGACACUGAAGAAGCCCAAAACUGUUUCCAAAAAACUGAAGAGUGGAUUCCGUGCGCCAGACCUAAGUGGAAUGCUGCACAAGUUUAAACAGCUAACACAUAUCCAGUGCUACUGGGUGGACAUCACAUUGAAUCCGUUCAACCUAAAUUUGAAUCUUGUCCUUUCAGAGGAUCAGAGGCAGUUGACGUCUGUGCCAAUUUGGCCUGUAAAGUAUUACAAUUAUGGUAUCUUGGGCUCCCAAUAUUUCUCCUCAGGGAAACACUACUGGGAAGUAGAUGUGUCCAAGAAGACUGCCUGGAUCCUGGGGGUGUACUGUAGAACACGUUCCUGUAAUACAAAGUUUGGUGUUAGACAAGGCAAAAAUCAUCAAAAUGUUUACUCCAGAUUCAGACCUGAAAAUGGCUACUGGGUUGUAGGGUUACAAAAUAAAUCUGAGUACAAUGCCUUUGAGGACUCUUCAACCUCUGAUCCCAAGGUCUUGACUCUUUUCAUGGCUGUUUGUCCCCAUCGUGUUGGGGUCUUCCUAGACUAUGAAGAAAGCACUGUCUCAUUUUUCAAUAUCACAAACUAUGGGUCACUCAUUUACAAGUUCUCUAAAUGUCGCUUUUCUCAGACUACUUACCCAUAUUUCAAUCCUUGGAACUGUCCAGCUCCCAUGAUUCUUUGCCCGCCUAAACACUGAGCUUUCUCAUUCUCUAACCCACGUGUAGUUCCCUUUGUCCUGGUUGUCAUCUCCCACACCUUAGCUCAUCUGCACCAUUCAGACCAACUCUUCCUUGCUGUCUCCCUUGUUUUCUUUAGAACUUUUACUCACCCUUGAGAUGAAUACUGUUUCUGGUUUGGGUUAAAAGAGAAAGUUGUUUGCCCAUUUACCCAUUUUUGUCUUCUCGAAAAAGGACAUUUAACUUUCUCCUAAAAACAGCAGUAUUGGUAUAAAAUCUUUGCCCUUCUAUUCUCUGUUUUUCCUCUAUCGCUGAUUGAAAAAACAUAGCAAAGUUUUCUGCCACUAUUCAUGUUCCUAAGAAAAUUUAUAAUCACCAUGACCCUCCACCAGCAACUAAAGAGUCUUUGAGUAUAUGUCGAUUUCUUUCCCAGGAUGCAGCAUGCUCAUUAGAGAAUCAAGGAAAGAGAAACAAAAAUAAUAUAUGUACCCAGAGUGAAAAAUUGUGUUCAGUGCAAAUCCUGUCUUUUCUCUAUAGCUGUGUAAUGAUGAAUAAAUUCUGGGUUUCUAUUUUCUAAAAUGGAAAUUGAGAUUUAAAACUGCAACCAACUUUUAAGGUCAUUGUAUAAAAAUGUCAUUGAAUGUAAACCUCCUAUUUAACUUCUGCACAAUAUAAUACAUAUUUGCUCUUCAAAUAAACUUCUAGUACACUGUC